AUGUCUGCCCUUCCCGACUACAAACAAGCCUUCCUCCACGCCGCCAUCACAGGCGGUGUCCUCAAAUUCGGCUCCUUCGAGCUCAAGUCCAAGCGCAUCUCUCCAUACUUCUUCAACGCCGGCGACUUCUACCGCGCCGACCUUCUCGAGGCGAUCGCGACUGCCUACGCAAAGGCCAUCGCCGAGGCCCGUGCUUCGGGCGCCCUCGGCGACUUCGAUGUUAUCUUCGGCCCGGCCUACAAGGGCAUCCCCCUAGCCACAGCAGCUACCAUCCGUUUGGGACAACUGAACCCCGAAAAAUUUGGGGAUAAGUGUUAUUCUUUUGAUCGGAAAGAAGCGAAGGAUCAUGGGGAGGGGGGGAAUAUUGUCGGCGCUCCGCUGAAGGGGAAGAGGGUGCUGAUUGUUGACGACGUGAUUACCGCCGGCACAGCCAAGCGGGAGGCGAUUGCCAAGAUCCAGAAGGAGGGAGGCGAAGUGGCGGGCAUUGUGGUUGCGCUGGAUCGGCAGGAGAAGUUGCCGUCGCCGGAUGGCGAUGAUAGCAAGCCGAUGCCGAGCGCGAUUGGGGAGCUGAGGAAGGAGUAUGGGUUGCCGAUUAUUGCGAUUUUGACGCUGGAUGAUAUAAUUGCGGGUAUGAAGGGGCUGGCGUCGGAGGAGGAUAUUAGGAAGACGGAGGAGUAUAGGGCUAAGUAUAAGGCUACAGAUUGA